CAUAACACAUAGCAAACCUCAAAAAAACACAUAGCAAACCAUAUUGUUAUAUACUAUUAUACCAUGGAAACAAUGAGAAUUUUGUCUUUUCUCGUGACAACCUUAACAAUUGCCAUGUCUAUUUCAACAACAUUAUCACAAUCAUCCGUUCAAAAUUUUCUCAAUUGUCUUUCACAUUCCCAUGUCUCGGAAAUGAUCAUUCACACACCAAACAACAACUCAUUCUCAACCAUCCUCAACAUGAAAAUACGAAACAAGAAAUUUAAAACACCAACAACACCUAAACCUCAGGCAAUUAUAACCGUAAAAGAUGGUAAUCAUGUUCAAACAACAAUUAAAUGUGCCAAAAGCAACAACAUUCAGAUUAGAAUCCGAAGCGGCGGCCACGACUACGAAGGUUUCUCAUAUGUAUCAGACGUGCCUUUUGUCAUUGUUGACACGUUGCAUCUCAAUUCUGUUGAUGUCAAUUUACAAGAAGAAACAGCAUGGGUUGGAUCUGGUGCAACACUUGGUAAGAUUUAUUAUACCAUUUCAAAGAAAAACAAUUCUCUUGCAUUUCCAUCCGGGGUCUGUUUUACUCUAGGUGCGGGUGGUCAUUUUUCUGGUGGUGGAUAUGGAAAUUUAAUGAGAAAAUUUGGUCUUUCUAUUGAUAAUAUCAUUGACGCAACAAUUGUUGAUGCCAAUGGUAAUAUACUUGAUAGAAAAUCAAUGGGAGAAGAUCUUUUUUGGGCUAUAAGAGGUGGUGGUGGUGCUAGUUUUGGUGUUAUUCUUUCAUGGAAACUUAAAUUGGUUCAAGUAACUCCACAAGUUACUGUUUUCAAUGUAAAAAGGAAUGUGAGUGAUGGUGCAACUGAUGUUGUUUAUAAAUGGCAACUAAUUGCACCAAAAUUGCAUAAAGAUCUUUUCAUUAGGGCGCAACCUAAUGUUGUUCAAAUUGAGCAAGGAGGUAAAAAGACAGUGCAAGUUAGUUUCAUUGGACAAUUUUUGGGGUCAGUUGAAAAGCUUUUACCAUUGGUGAGUGAGAGUUUUCCUGAAUUGGGUUUGAAAAAAAGUGAGUGCAUUUCUAUGCCUUGGCUUAAUUCCACUCUUUUUUGGUAUGAUUUGCCAAUUGGUACUCCUCUUGAAACAUUGUUGGAUGCACCAAAAGAUCCCCAACCAAAUUACUUAAAAUUUAAAUCAGAUUAUGUGAAGAAACCUAUUCCAAAAGAAGGUAUAGAAACUAUAUGGAAAAAGAUGAUUGAAGGCGAGACUUUGUAUAUGCAAUGGAAUCCUUAUGGUGGAAGGAUGGAAGAGAUAUUGUCAUCAGAAACACCGUUUCCUCAUAGAGCAGGAAACUUGUUCUUGAUUCAAUACAUUAAUACUUGGGUUGAAGAUUCUCCUGAAGCUAUUGAUCGUCAUGUGAAUUUCUCAAGAUCGUUUUAUCAAUUGAUGACGCCCUAUGUUUCGAAUUCUCCAAGGGAGGCAUUCCUCAAUUAUAGGGAUGCAGAUAUUGGUGCCAAUCGUCCAAGUAAUGUUACAAAAAUUGAUAUUGCUAGAACUUAUGGAAAAAAGUUUUUCAAAGGAAACUUUGAAAAAUUAGUUAGUGUGAAAGCUAAAGUUGAUCCUGAUAAUUUUUUCAGAUAUGAACAAAGUAUACCUACUAGGUCUUGAAAAAUUCAUAUGUAGUGUGAAUUUCCAAUAAAUAAAUCCACUCUUACUAAGUUUCAAUAAAAUAAAACUGAAGUGGAAGAGACAUUACUCGUAAAUAAAUUCAUAUGUAGUGCUUUGCAUAAACGAUUUCUAGCUGAUCUCCUUAAUAUAUUGUUUACUUGUUAUUUGGAUCUUGUUACUACUAUUUCCUUUUUAUUUACGAGGCCAGUGUUGUAAUAUUCUAAGUUUAUUGCUUUGUCUUCUUCAAAGAAUAUGUGAAUAUGUUAUUAACCGGAACUUGAAAGUUGAUU